AUGGUCGGGCUGGCUCGUUGUCGGUCCAGACUGGUGCGCUGUCGGUCCAGGCUGGUUCUGGGCAGGUCUUGCUCCUCUUCCAACCUCCCAAGUCGCUGCUGGAAGAAUGGCGCCCUGGAAGUAGGGCGACUCCUGUCCGAGACUGGGCCUGAACUAUGGGACAACGACCGGUUCAGAUCCGUGUUCGACGAUGGCGUACCGCCCACGGGGUGCGACCCCAAGGCAAGAUUGAAACGUCCGGUGCCCGACGCGGCCGGCAUUUCAGCCGUGACGGGCCUCGACGACCCAACCAUGCCGUGUUCGCUGUUGAGCGAGUCUCUGUUCCGAGCACCCGGCGGCCCGGGCAUUGCAACCCCCCUGGGAUAG